AUGUCGGCGGCGGCGCCCGCCCAGGCGGCGGCCGCGGAGCCGCCCGCGGCAGACGCGCGCGCAGGCGGCGCCGCAGCCGACGAGGCGGCCGCCUCGCACGCGCCGCGCCGCAAGGUGUUUGUCAGCGGGUGCUAUGACAUCAUCCAUGGCGGCCACGUGGAGUUUUUCACCCAGGCCAAGGCCCUGGGCGACCACCUGACAGUGUCUGUCGCGUCCGAGGCCGUCUUGGCUCACCACAAGGCCGGCCGCCGCAGCAGCAUGCCCACGGCCCACAAAGUGGCCCUCCUCUCGUCCCUCAGGAUGGUGGACGCCGUCGUGGUGGGCGAGGACGAGGAGCGGGGGCUCGACUUCAAGAGCCACUUCCUGCGGGUGCGCCCGCAGCUGCUGGUGGCGACAGAAGAUGACAAGUACGGCGCGGUCAAGCGGGAACUGUGCAGUCAGGUGGGCGCCGAGUACUACGUGCUGCCCAAGACGCUGGGUUACGCCCCUGUCAGCACGACAUCGAUCCUGCAGAACAUCAGGACGCCCUCGCUCUGCCCGCUGCGCGUGGACUUUGGGGGUGGCUGGCUCGACGUGCCGAAGCACGCCCGCCCCGGCGCGUUCGUCGUCAACUGCGCCGUCUCGCCGCUGGUGUCGCUCGCGCGCUGGCCGUACCGCAUCGGCGGCGGGCUCGGCGGCAGCGCGGCGCACGCGCUGCUGGAGGGGCGGGACGCGCUGGAGGCUGAGCUGGCCGCGGGGGUCGGCUGGCAGGACCCUGCCGUGCUGCGGGAGACCGGCCUGUGCGUCUGGCGCAGCGGCCCGCGCCCCGAGCUCGAGUUCAAGACCGGGGGCGGCUUCCUGGCCGGCCGCAUGGCGCUGAUGUGGACGGGCGCGCCGCACGUGACGGCGGAGAAGACGGACGUGACGCGCGACUACGAUCAGGUGGAGCGCGCCGGCGCGCUCGCGCGCGCUGCGGCGCUGCCGGGGCAGGAGCCCAGCGCCGCGCUUGAGGCCAUGGCGGCCGCGGUCGACGCGUCAUACGGCGUGCAGCUUGGGGAGGGCAUGGAGCCGCUGCCGGGCCACGGCGCGCUGGCGCGCAAGUACUGCGGGGGCGGGUGGGGGGGGUACGCGCUGUACCUCUUCGGCUCAGAGGCGGCGCGCGCAGAGUUCCUGGCCGCCGUGUCCGAGACGCACGCGGUCGAGCCCUUCCUCGGCCACGUGCAGUAG